UUGAUGAAAGCCGAGCCUGAGUCGCGGAUUGAGAACGGGGUCGAUGUCAAGUUCUCGAUCGACGACUUGGCCGCGAAGUCAGAGCCAGAGCCGUGGGACGGCAUCCGCGCUUAUGCGGCCCGUAACAACCUCCGAGCCAUGAAGAAGGGCGACCUGGCAUUCUUCUAUCAUUCUAAUUGCAAAGAACCCGGCAUCGUGGGAACCAUGGAGAUUGUCCAGGAGCACUCACCCGACUUAUCCGCACACGACCCCAAAGCACCGUACUACGACCCCAACUCAAAGCCGUCCGAUCCCAAGUGGAGCGUCGUGCACGUCAAGUUUCGCAGCAAGUUUGCAGUCCCGAUCGGGCUGAAGGAGCUGCGGGAGAUGGGAGGACCCGGCAAACCGCUCGAGAACAUGCAGAUGCUCAAGCAGUCGCGGCUGAGCGUCAGCAAGGUAAGCGCGGCAGAGUGGGAGUACCUAAUGGGUGUAGCCGAGCAGAAAGCAGCCCAGCAAUGA